AUGAAUAUGUUGGAUGAUGAAGAUGACCAAAGCUUUCACGCUACGCGUGACGGCUACUCCCAUUUGAGCGAUGUCGAAUGGGAUGCGGUUGAACGAAUGGGUUCGACCAUGGGCAUCCAUGCUGUUAGCGUCAUGCUAGAGGCUCUCAAUAGAGAUGCCCAACAUGCUACUAUCGCCAAGUUCAUUCAAAAUGAACUUGACGCAGAACGCGAGAAAGUAGCCUUGCUUCACCAACAAGGUUCUCAACAAGCAGAGUUGUUGAGAGAACAGGGUGCUCAACAGUUUAAACUGUUGAAACAGCAGCAGGCUGCUGCUGGUGGGUCAAUGCACUCGCGUCGACACGAAACCUUGAAGAUUGACAUCUCCAAGUAUAGGGGAGUCGAAGAGGACUCCCUCUUGAGAUGGUUUGUCGAAUUGGAUGACGCCAUAAGGGCGCGUCGCAUCGACGACGGGGAUAUGCAAGUUGCAUUUGCUCAUUCAAAUCUGGCAGGACGUGCCAAGAUUUGGGCUUUGGGGCUCAAGUUGCAUGACCCAUAUGCGUUUGGGUCGUUGGAAGUCUUCAAGUCGUGGCUCAGACAAACGUUUGAACCGCCUAGAGCUGAGUUCAGAGCUCGAACCGAACUCUUGAAGCUCAAGCAGGGUAAGCGUGAUGCACGCUUACGCGCAACAUAUACGACAUCUUACGAGUUGUGUAAGUUCCAAUCCGGUGGAUGA